AUGUCUGAUGUAUACCUUACUGUUUGGAUGCUGUUUGUACGAAAAUGGUGGCAUUGAGCGCCUUCUCUCAGACGGAUUUGCCUAAGCGUCGAAAAAGAUUUCUGCUUUGAGGAAUUAGUUUUCUUCUGUCGUUUCCUUUUUUUAUUAUACCGAGCCACCUAGCUGUCUACUACACACCGAAGGGAAGGAAUAACUGAAUUUAUUCUGCUGAUAUUGUAAUGGCAAUGAUUAUUGUGGCGGUGAAAUAACUAACUACGUAGCGCACAAUACCCGCCACCACCACAAACUAUUUUCCUACGCAUUCCACUUCAUCCGCCCGGUCAACUGCAUUUUUGGUGUCAUUUAUGUGUUUGCCUUGUAGUAUUCUUUCUCUUUCCAAUGUACAUAACUAAAAAGUCCACGGAAAUUCUUUUCAAUCCAAAUUUUAUCCAGAGACUUAUCCAGAAAUAGCAAAUAUACUUUCAUAUUCUCUCAUUCAAAUGGAGCGGAAAAUUUGAAUACUGGCAUUGCAAUUGGCCAGUCUUUCAAUUAAAUUUUGUUUGGAGUAUGCAUCUAAGUUUGGAUAAAAGUUAAUAAUAUUCCAUGGCUAGAAACACGUGCUACUAAUUGAAUGCGAUUAUCUGUGCGGUUUUAAGAGAAGUGCGUUAUGUCAACUUGGAAAAAGCGACGAGUCCCUCCUUGCUGCAGUUGUUUGGCUAUGACGGAACGAAUCUGAAGCAUCGAACCAAAUGGACUGGACUGACAUCCUGAGAUAUGCAUAGAGCAGAAAAAACAACGGUCUCACUAUCUAAUGGCUGAAACAAGCGAAAACAAAAAUCUGGGAAUUAUUCUACAUGAAGGUCCUCUGCGGGUUCGACAGGGAAAUAAGUGGAAAAGCCGCUGGUGUGUGUUAUCGCUUAGUUCGCCAGUGUCUGACAAGCUGAGGUUCACGUUCAAGAAGGAGAUCAAACGACAAGGAGAUCGGAAGCCAGAGUACAAGGAGAAGUUCUGGUUCGAGUGCACAGACUACUGUGGCAUGAUCACUGAGUUGAGAAUUGACUCGUGUCAGCAUGCCAUCUGUAUUGUGUAUGCGAAGAAGAUGCUUACUCUGGGCUUCGAGUCCAAGUACUCUCAUACUGACUGGGAGUGCAGGAUCCGCGGGGUCUAUGGGGAAGAGAACCUGUUCACAUUUGCUGUCGAGAUCCCACCCAAUCCCUCCUCGGCCUUCCUGUCCAAGGUGCGGGCUAGUGUGAGUGCAAUGAUGUUCAUCUUCAACGACAACAUAGCCUUCGCGACUCUCCCGGACGACGAUGUGCCCCAGAAACUGGCCGCGAUGAAGCUGAGCGACGUUAAAUGCUACGGCGGAGACAACAAAAGCAGAGCUGUCGUUCUUCAUCUAAAUAAGAAGGUCUACAGUGUGAAAUCAAGUCAGCCUGAAGCCAUUCUGAAGGCUCUAGAUCACGUGUCCGGCCGCAGGCUGCUCCAUGAAAGCGAAGUUCAUGAUGACAUUCUAUCCGAGAUGGGUACCAACGAAUAUGGUAUGUGCAACACUCGAGCAGAAGGCAAUUUGAACGACUCGUCUGUCCUUGGUUCAGGUGGCGUUGGUGCCGGUUACACUGGCAACGAAACUUACAAACUCGUGAUGGGCACAGGAGUCCAAAAUGACGAGAGUCCGCCGAACUUAAAUCUAAGUGCCGCAGCUGCAAAUGCCACUGCCUCAUUGAAGCAGAACCAAAUUCAACAUCAGCAAUUUCGGAAUGCGAUGCAGCUCAAACAGCAGCCUUUCACUUCUUCACCCAACAACACAGUUAUUCCUCUAUUCAAUUUAGAAAAUACGAUUACAUCUGAUAACGUGACUAAUACAUUGUCUUCCAAUGGGUCCAACAAUGCAAAUAAUUUGACCUUUAAUCCCCCACAAAUGAACAAAGCUCUGGGAAGUGCCAAAGGCUCCCACAGCGCGAUGGAUUUCAAUGGUCUCACACCGCUGAAAACGUCGGACUUAUUUCUGAACAACAAUGCGUCUUUCGGGCAACCUUCUCCGUCCGGUAGUUACGCUUCCUCGUUUGCCCAAAAUGGCACAUGCUGCGACGAGCCAGACAGAAGUGGUGGCGGUGCUAAUUUUUCCCACCAGCAGAAUCAGAUGUCAGCCUUCUACGAGCAAGACACUCAGUUGCAAAUAUCAGUGAACCUGCCGCCUAAUUCAGCACACUAUCAGCAGGCAAACAACCAUGCUAACCAUUCAUACCAAAGUAGCCAAAUAAGUGCUUCUGGGUGUAGCAGUAAUGGUACACAUACGAAUAGUGUUUUCUCAUCGCCGCGUGAACAAGUUGACUACAUUGCCGAUGAUUCUGGAAAUUUACUCCAGGGAUCCCGAUUUGGGGAACCCCCAAAGAGGGUGGCGCCUGCAGUACCAGUUAGGAGGCCACCUGUGCCUCCUAAGAGGAGUCCGUACGGUGGUGGAGAUCUAACUGGGAGACAAAAUGAAGACAGUUUCUACUCGGCAGUGCCUUGCGAGAGAUAUGCCUCAGUUAACACACUUCGAUUUGUGCGCAGACUGAAGAUAUCGGAUUUCAUAUGUGAGCAGUGCAGCAUGAGGCGCUGGCUGAGUUGUCCCGAGAUAUCCAGUCGAAUAUCGGAAACAUCUGCAAGGAAAUCAGCAUGCACAGUUCUGAAGUGUAGAAACAAACACAUUGCAGAUGACCUCAGCAGGAACGAGUCUCGCUACAUGUACUUAUCACGGGUGCCUUGGAGAAAGUGGGGAAGUGAGGUAAACCAGUCAGACAUGCACAGAACCACACAGAAGAUGAGGUUAGGUCAAAGGCCAAGAUCAAAUGACCAAUCACAAGGCCACUACUACAGUCACGUACCGAUAAUGGGCAACGGUGAUUACCCUUCGUUGUCGUCAGCAAUUAUUGGAGGAGGUGCAGCGACAUCGUAUCCUGGUAAUAAGUUAGGAAGCAUACCUGCAACCACCUCUGCUUCCGCCUCGACUGCCACAGGGGACUCCUCACAUGUCUAUGGUGCUUACUCUGGAAGUGGCAGCAUCGAACUUGAGGGAGUCGAUGGCGUAUCAAUAGUCGUGUCCAGUCAUGAUUCAACCCCUCUUUAUGAUGACAUCAUCACAUGUAAUAACAACAAUGGUCCUCAAAUACCUUCCACUGCAGAACAGCACAACACACAACCUCCUAGACCAGGAACAGCGCCUAACUUAAACAACAACAAUGCCACAAGUUGGAAGAAUGUAUCACCCCCAUUUGCUCACCAAAACACCAAAAAAUCGAAUGCUUCAGCAAACCAAAAACAGCACCACCAGGGAAGUAGCCGGUACAGCAGAACUCCACCUCCGAACCCUCUAAAUUUACAAUUCAAGCAUCAAACUACAAUGGACCCGCAAGGCAAUUUGAGAGGCCAUCUUUAUAUCAAUUUGGACUACCCUACACAGACACCUAUUGUGACGACAACAACCUCGGGUAACCACCACUCGUACAGUAGUAGUUCUCCGCAAAUAGCGUCCAAUUUGAGUGCGAAUGGAGAAUCACAGAGGAUCAAUGAUGGUCAUAGGUCACGGGAAGGUGGAAGUGAGAAGAAGUUUUCAGCUCCGUUUAUGACCUCUCAGACUGGAGGUGUUCCGGCAAGUAGUCGGCGAAGUCAAGCAAGUGCUGCAGAUUCAAGUGUGAGACACCACAGCAGAGAGAAAGGCAAAAUCUCUAAGACAAGUAUUGCAAGCAGUGCUGCAGCAAGUCAAAUGAUCAACGGAAGUAGUAAUUACAGUCACUUGAGCACAGUGCAGAACAGUGUGAAAAGCCAGACAGCUAAAAGCUGUUCACGAGAGGAAAGUGCAACAAAGCCAAAAAUCAGUCGUCAGAACAAACCCUCCUGCGACCUGUAUCAGAAUUUAGAACCUGCCUUUGCAAACCAGUCUGUGAAUACCUCUGCUCAGUUCAACUCAGCAGACAGUGGAGCGCCCACAGUCCGACCUAGACAACAACCAGACUCCUCGACCUCACUCGCCCAGAGUGACGCCAGAAGUGACCUCAAAGUCGCCACCAGUGCCUGGAACCCAGAAAAGGUCUCAUCGCGACAAAGCAGACAGAACCAGCUACAUGCAAGCAGCAGUAAUAGUGCUUUAAGUAGACAGCAAUGUGUGAAUAGAUGGAUUGAUAACGCAGUUGAAUUGUCUAAUUACAGCAGAGAUAACAGUCCUGAUACUUUCAUGGCAACAACAGCGUCCAUAUCAGACUCAAGAGAUGAUGUGUUUUUAACAGAUAACGAGCAGCAAUUCAAUAAUUACGGAAGGAAUCAGGCUUCACACCAAAGCUUAAGUUUGCAGCAGCAGCAAAGAGGAUUUAACAGUAUAGUAUCACCGCCUCAACCUCCACCUCCAAGACAAAAAACGCACAAUUACCACAACAUAGAUCCGUUUCUUAAUAUUAACCAUAAGCACUGUCCAAAAGCGGAGCUAGUAUUCAAGAGAAGUGAAGUUGACUCCACAAUCAUGUCGGAUAAUACUUUUACUUCCAGGCACGCGCAAAAAAUACCAACGGCUUCUCAAAACCGGGGACCCUGGCAAGAUAUUACGCCACCAAGACGUCCAGUCAAACACCCAUCAUCUUCAAGUAGCAAAGCGCACCUUCAACAAUCUCCAAGAAGAGUGGGAUCAAAUAAACCCCCACUUGCUGCCAGUAGUCGGAGGAACUUCUACGUUCUCAGCGAGCGGGAACACCAGCAGGCAACUGAUAACUACAGAAGUAUCAAUUUUAACCCUGGAUCCGCAGAUAGUAUAGCAGCUGCAGAUCGCGCGCUAGGAAAUUAUCACGAAGGUCCAAAUAUGGGCAUGGGAGGUGAUCAACAUAAAAUGAACCAUGGCUAUGGAGCCCAUAUUGAUUUCAGUCACAAAAGUAGCAUGGGUAUGCACGCUCAGAGCAACCUGUACACUGGUGGUCAUGAGAACAAUAGCCAGCACCAUAAAACUAGAUUCCAAAACACAUUUAACUCACAGAGUCACAACGUAUCAGCGAUGGGAAGAUCAAAAAGCGAGACAAGGCAGAACAACCAAAUCAAAGCUGUAAACUACACGAUGAUAGACGCUAACCCGGCACCGAACGUAAUCGGCAACCAGAAGCUGUCCCAGGUGUCGAAGGCGGAGAAAGCACUGGUCCAGUAUUCGAUUGUUGAUGGUCAGCAGACCAAGGCUUUGCAUGAUGCAGGCAAAGAACACAUUACGAACCGAAAUAACAUCAAUUCCAGAAGACGAUUCUCUGGUAAAUCUUCUGGUCCACUUGAGCGACAACCGAGUGUGACCAGUGGGUCCACACAUGGCAAGGGAACCUCCAACAUACGCUGAUCAUCAAUCAUCCAAGUAGAAAUAUGCAUCCUGUAAAGUAUGAUAGUCAAGGAAAUGUAAGGAACAGUUUAGUAGACCUGGAUAGACAGUGGUCUAAAAAACUGUGGUAUUGGAAGCCAGAAAGACAGAAAACUUAGCUAAAAUCAGCAUCCUUCCGCUGAAAAACUAUGUGUUCAAAAAACUUGUUUUGGAAACUUUUCAAAUUUUAUUUUUGUAUAAAAUAGAACCCCUAUUCGCCUGUCAAAUCCGAUUUGCAGAUAAUAGGUAGUUUACAUUUUCUUGUUUUACAUAAACCAGUUUGUGUU